GAUAAUUGAUAUAAUAGUAGCCUCUUUGAAGGAUAAAUUUCUCGUAGAGGCCAAAGGUUCUAGAUUUAGACACGUGGUGCUAUCAAAAGAGUUAUGGCCGACAAUCGAUGUCGUGGUGGGUUUGUUUAUCAAAGGAAUCCAUAACGCUUAUGCAGUCAGGGAAACUGUAGAAUGGAGGCGUAAUUCAUUAACGCCUAUACAAAUAAAAGUGGCAGAACAUAUGUGUAAAAAGCUUAAUAUCGAAUGUCAGAUAGUUGAACCUUCUGGAAUCAUUUACCAGUGGCGCGGUAAUAGCGGCCAAAGAAUCAGAUAUAAUCCUAACCGAUUAUCUAUAUGA